GGGGCGCAGUCGGUGCAGGGGCAAUUCACGCCUCUCCCCCUUGCUCGCAGGUCGGCGGGACGAUGACCACCCUCACCAGGCAGGAUCUCAACUUCGGACAAGUGGUCGCAGAUGUCCUCUCCGAGUUCCUGGAGGUGGCUGUUCAUCUCAUCCUGUACGUCCGGGAAGUUUACCCCAUCGGCAUCUUUCAGAAGAGGAAAAAAUACAAUGUGCCAGUGCAGAUGUCCUGCCACCCAGAGCUGAACCGGUACAUUCAGGACACCCUGCACUGCGUGAAGCCGCUGCUUGAGAAGAACGAUGUGGAGAAGGUGGUGGUGGUGAUCCUGGAUAAAGAGCACCACCCAGUGGAGAGAUUUGUCUUUGAGAUCAUGCAGCCACCUCUGCUGUCCAUCAGCUCGGAUUCCCUGCUGUCCCACGUGGAGCAGCUGUUGCGUGCCUUCAUCCUGAAGAUCAGCGUGUGUGAUGCCGUGCUCGACCACAACCCCCCAGGCUGCACCUUCACAGUCUUGGUCCACACACGGGAAGCUGCCACGCGCAACAUGGAGAAGAUCCAGGUGAUAAAGGAUUUCCCAUGGAUUCUUGCAGAUGAGCAGGAUGUGCACAUGCAUGACCCCCGGCUGAUCCCCCUGAAGACCAUGACCUCUGACAUCCUGAAGAUGCAGCUCUAUGUCGAAGAAAGAGCCCAUAAAGGCACCUGAUUCCACCUCUUCUGAUCACUUUAAGCCUCAUUCAGACCUCACCAGAUCUUUCAGGGGAAUCCGGUGUCUUCUGCUAGGACACACUUUAUCUCAAUACCAAGCAUUUCUUCAGCUGGCUUCCUAAGCCAGUGACUCUGUGUUCAUGGGGCAUCUUCUGCCAGCCUGGCUGCCACUGGGUUAAAGUGCUCUUACCGCUGUAUAUAGAACUGACUUCAAACAUUGAGCAAGAGCCUGUACCUGUGUAUGUGUGUGUGACUACAGAGAUUGUUACCGUGAGUCCUGGGCUGCAGGGGGAAAGAUGCAAUGUGGCCAGUGGGUGGAAGUCAGGGCUUGAGGUUUGGGUUUAGGAACCUGCCCUAUCACCCCAGAUACUUCUGUGUGGAUCCAUUUCAUGCACCUCUGAGCAUCCAGCUGGGUACAGCCUGGAGGGAGUUUAAGCUUAUUAGCCAGAUUUAUCCCUGCUGAAGUUGCUGGACUUGCACCAGGGAUGAGCGGGUCCACUGUGAUUGUCGUGUGUGGUUUUCAAUAAACAUGGAGUGUUUUAGCCUAA